AUGGCCGCAAUCAUCGGGAUUCGCGUCGCUUCAUCCAUUAUCGUUGCCUUCAAAGCGUUUGAUUUUAACCGCGACUACUCGGCCAACUGGCAUUACUGCCCAAUUACAUCAAAUCCUGCAGACCUAGUCACUAGGGGUGUGACCUUCCAUCAGCUUCAGGCAUCCCCUAUCUGGAUUAGUGGCCCAUCAUGGCUAUCCGAUCGCAGCGCAUGGCCACAAUGGGAAGCAUCCGGUUUGAACUCCAAUCAAGUUCUUCAUCUGUCCGCUAUCCACCCUAAUCCAGCUCCGGCUCCUGCUCCGCCCAUUGAUAUUUCAAAAUUCAUGGAUAUUACUCGACCUCUCAAGACAAAGGAGCUACUUAAUGCUGAAAUCCAAUGGAUUCGUUCGUUUCAGUACCGCAAUUUCGCUGCCGAAAUUGAGUACCUUCGUGACAUGAAGGGUCGCCGGCCACCUUUGGUAACCCAACUAGAUCUAUAUAUCGACAGUGAUUCUCCCAUUCGCUGCAGAGGUCGGUUACUCAAUGCCGACAUUCCUAAAACAACUCGCAACCCUAUUCUCUUGCCAAAAUCCUCCGAGAUCACGCGUCUCAUUAUUUCCUAUUAUCACGAGCGUUCCCUUCAUUCCGGAGUCAUGAAAUCCAUCGUGCGCCUCUACACUCGCUGCCGCCGGGUAAACGGGGCCCCUUACAGAGCCCCCAAUCCAGCUACAUUGCCCAGUUUCCGCGUCCGUGGGGACAAGGCCUUCGCCGUGACUGGCAUCGACUUUGCUGGCCCAUUUCCAGUCCGUGGUCCACCUGGCCAGCCGGAUCCAAAGGCUUACAUAUGCCUUUUUACGUGCACUUCAUCUCGUGCCAUUUACCUGGAAUUAGUAGAGAACCUCACGGCGGCUAACUUUAUACUAGCCUUCAGAAGUUUCAUCUCCCAUCACUUCACGCCAACAAUGGUUCUUUCGGACAAUGCCACAACCUUCGAAUGUUCCGCCCGUGCCCUCAAGUCCCUAUUCAACAGCUCGGAAGUCACCAAAUAUCUUUCCGACCGUCAAAUCGAGUGGCGUUUUAUCCCGAAGCGUGCACCUUGGUAUGGGGGCUUCUGGGAACGACUUGUCGGCCUGACCAAAGAAGCCCUUAAGAAGAUGCUAGGUCGUACCAAACUCAAAUUCAAUGAGUUCCGCACGAUCGUCACAGAAAUCGAGGCCAUUUUGAACGAUCACCCGCUCACGUAUGUGUCGUCAGAUUUGAACGACCCUCAAGCUCUUACCCCGUCUCAUCUACUGUACGGUGGUCGUCUAACUCCACUCCCAUACGAUCCAGCCGUCGAAGAGGAACUGCUAGACCCCACCUUCGGUGAAAAGCCUUCUCACCUCCUUGCCAUGUUUAGCCGUCGCCAACGAAUUCUUAAAGCCUUCUGGUACCGUUGGCAAAUAGAGUACUUAACCAGCCUCCGGGAACGACACAUCACAAGCAAGAAUGGUUUCAAACCCAGCAUCAAGGUCGGCGACGUAGUCCUAGUUCAUAACGAAGGACCCAGAAUUGACUGGAAGCUAGCUGUGAUUGAUAGCCUCAUCACCAGCCCGGAUGAAGAAAUUCGAGCAGCCAACAUCCACACCGCAAAAGGAAAAACAAACCGUCCGGUUUCAAAAUUAUAUCCGCUGGAAGUUACCGCAACAAUUGAUUCUUCUCCACGCACUCAAAUUCCUCCCAAUUCCGACACUUCUCUACCAACGAGACCCCGACGAAAAGUAGUCAUCGCUGCCGAAAAAUGGAUCAGGGACGAAGCGCAAGAAUAA